AACAAUAUCUGCACGGUCUGAAAAGAAACAAGGCAGGAUAGGUGAGGGCAUCUUGCUAGAUGCACAUGGUGUGAUUGUGAUUCUUUUCUUUGUUAUAGCUUAAUUUGUUACAGCAUGGAGGUUUCUCUUUAGUUACGGCUCGACAAUUGGCUUUGGGUGAUUUAAUUUCAGUAGUUGCUAGUCUGCAGCUUUUUACCUAAUUUGCUGCUAGCUACCUGGCUAGCGACGGCUGCUUUUCGACAUUGUGAGUCCUCAGUCAAUUCUUGCUCGACUUUAGUUUGCUAAAUUGGUCACUUGAACGUCACAAUUGAUCUUAUAUGACUAGCUUGUAACAAAACAAGUGCACUAGUUUCUUGUUUUAUUUUGAAAACUACCCAUUACCAACACAUUCUUCAGACCAGCUUGGUUAGCCACUGUCGGCAAGAAAAUGUCAGCCUUUACUGGAAACGCGCUUCAUGACACCGAGAGAGUGCUUCAGAAUCAAGAAAACUCCCAGCGACUACGGGCUGCUAAAGGCAGGUCGGAAAAUCAAGAAAAUGUGAUCCCAAAGCUUGCUAACAGAACUGUAUUGGGAGCCUUGGAGAACAAUCCACGCAGACUUCAGACUCAGCGCGGCUUAAAACAGGGAUUAAACCAAGGACUGUCCUGCAAAUCAGAAGACAAUGGCCGGAGCUGUGCUGAAAAGUUGGUUCCUAAACAGCCGGCUUUCCAGAUUCAUAUGGAUGAGCCUGAUGGUGCCUGCAUCAAGAAACAAGUAUCUUCCAAACGCAGCCCCGUGGACACUUCUCCCCUAACACUAAACCCCACUGUAACACGUCUAAGGCAACCACUGGCCCCUAUUGAUCUGCCUAUGGAUGUCAGUUUUGAGUCUGCCAUGGAUAUGUCUGUUCUCGAAGAAGAGAAACCACCCUGUGUGAAUGAAGUCAAUGAGUAUGCUGCAGAAAUACAUGCACAUUUGCGGGAGAUGGAGGUGAAGUGCAAACCAAAACCAGGAUACAUGAAAAAGCAGCCGGACAUCACCAACAGCAUGCGGGCCAUCCUCGUGGACUGGCUUGUAGAGGUCGGAGAGGAGUACAAGCUUCAGAACGAGACCCUGUAUCUGGCUGUGAACUACAUUGACCGCUUCCUGUCUUCAAUGUCCGUAUUGAGGGGAAAGCUCCAGCUGGUGGGAACAGCCGCCAUGCUGCUGGCUUCGAAAUUCGAGGAGAUCUACCCUCCAGAGGUGGCAGAAUUCGUUUACAUUACUGAUGACACUUACACGAAAAAACAGGUGUUGAGAAUGGAGCAUCUGAUCCUGAAGGUGUUGUCUUUUGAUCUGUCGGCCCCCACAAUCAACCAGUUUCUCACCCAGUACUUUCUGCACCAGCCAGUCAGCAAAAGGGUAGAGAGUUUGGCAAUGUUUCUUGGUGAGUUGAGCCUGGUAGAUACAGACCCCUCCCUGAAGUAUCUCCCCUCACAAACGGCAGCUUCUGCAUACGUUUUGGCCAAUCACACGAUCACAGGUGGAUCUUGGUCGAAGACGCUGGUUGAGGCCACUGGAUACACUCAGGAAGACUUGAUGCCCUGUGUGUUGGAUCUGCAUCAGACCUACCUCAAUGCUGCCAAACAUGCACAGCAGUCUGUGAGGGAGAAAUACAAAACCUCAAAGUACCAUGAAGUCUCCCUCAUCGAACCCCCAGAGAAGUUGCAAUUAGAAUAGUUUUGAUCCCGGACUCUUAUAAUUGUUUGUGUACAUUUAUUUUUCUACUAAAUGGUGCAUAUUUCCAGGAUUUCAAUAACUGAAACCAUAGCCUUGAUUACUUGGGUAUGUGGUGAGAUUAGUGCUUUUUAAUGUACAUUUUUAUAUGGCUGUCCUUAAGGACUGCUUUUAAUUGCCUGAUUCAGCCAACCAGAAACUCGUAUGUAGUAAAUCAAGCUGUGGUUUUUAAAUGUUUUUGUAUGUCCACCUCCCCCCUCUUUUUUCGAGGCAACCUCUGGACUAUUUAAGCAGCCUCAGAUUUUUCUGUUUUUGGAAAUGCCACCUGUAAUUAAAUGCCCAGAUUUUUACAUCUA